AUGUCACGCCCGCAGGUCGGUAUCGAUCGCCUCACUCCUCGACGGGUCACGACCGAGCCGCGUGAAUCAAUGAAUUGUAAAUCAUGCCGGAAAAGAAAAAUUAAAUGCAAUCGCGUACGUCCGAGCUGCGAGGCGUGUAAGGUUUUUCAAUGUCCAUGUAUUUACGAUGCUGUCCCAAAGAAACGAGGGCCAAAAACAGAUGUUCUGGAAGCACUUUUGAAACGAGUGGAUGGCCUCGAGAGAAGAUUGCAGGAAGAAAGUACCGCCGCCAGCUCUACUGGCGAAACCUCACCAUCUACCAGUAAGCGCAAAGGAAAGGAGACUUCAGCUGGACCUUCAAACUCUGCAGAGGAAACCGGAUGUUCACAUCAAAGUUCCCUCUCAGUUAUGGAACAAAAGGAUCAAGCUCAGCUGCCCUACUCGGAUCGCCGCGGUUCAGAUCUUUUGGCCUCAGCCUACGAUAAUGGUUUUGGAGACCAUCCCAUGAGCGGUUUGCGGCAUGGCCAACAGGCAAACGUUACAAAUCGCCAAGAUGGUGGAUUUCUUUCAGAUGCCAUCUUAGAUACGUACUUUACUCGUCUUCAUGAAAAACCGUUCUACAUAUUGGAGGAAUCGUCAACACGCCAAAGGCAUCGCAUGGGCCAGUUACCGGGGCCUUUGAUGAUGGCAAUAUACGCUAUAACUACUAGAUACUCUCAAUCUUCGGAAGGGCAGGAAGGCUCAACACGGACAGGACUGGAGUAUGCGUUAAAUGCACGACAAGAGAUAGACGUCGAUAAUCCAACCAUCGAAGGACUUCAAACACUCUUGUUGCUAUCUAUGGUCUUCUUUGCUUAUGGAUUAGGCAAGAAGACAUACAUGACAAUAUCAAGCUGUUCCGCAAUGAUUCUCGCGCUUGAUCUUUACCGAGAGCCUUCGUCUAAGCUCAAUUUCUCGCAUACCGAAAAAGAAACGAGACGACGGAUAUUCUGGACAUGUUACAUGAUGGAUCGGUUUGUGACGUGCGGCUCAAGGCGUCCAUGUCUGAUUUCAAAUGAUUCAGUCUUAUUACGGUUACCGUCGUGGUCCUUAUCCACAUCAUCUCACAAUAUUCCCGUUGAGGGAGAAAUAUUCAAUAACGCUGGCCCCAAUAUUCAACUCUCGGCCGAUCCCCGCAGAAGGGGCCAACCUGCAAUUGUUCUACUUAUUGAUAUCAUUCGAAUAUUAGGAAUCACGAACCGCUAUCUGGCUACGGGUGGUGUGAAAGGUGAUUCUCACUUUCCUUGGCACUCGAUGUCGAAUCUAUCCAAGAUUCGUCAGGAAUUGGAUCUAUGGGCAGCUGGUGUCCAGGACAUAUUCGUAUCAGUUGAAUCGCUGUUUACGAAUCCAGAAAGCACAACUCUGUUUCUGAGCAAGCUUAUAUACCAUCUCAUUCACUGCCUGAUAUACCGACCCUUUUUACCACUCGAUUUGGCGGAACUUCGAGGGACAGGACAGCAUCAGUCAUGGCAAAUCGAAGCGACCAAUUUAUGCUUCUUGCAUUCGAAUGCUAUUGCUGAGCUUGUUGAGUUUGGAAGAAACUCUUCAUUGGUCGAAUGGCCCGCCUUUAUCAGCCACUGUGUGUGUACUGCCGGCACCGUGCAUGUCCAUGGCGUAUAUUACAAGGGACUCGAGGGUGAAGUCUUCUCGUCUAGCGCCGACUACCUUGCCAAAGAGAUGCAACAAAUGUCUUGGCUGCGACAUUGUUGGGCGGGUGUUCAACAUCAACGGGAAUUGCUACAGACAGUUUAUACCUGUCAUGCGGAACUUGUCAGAAACCUAGCCAACAACCCGAUGCGGUAUUCUCCUGUCUUCCAUCUGGAGGAUUUUUACGAUCGUUACCUUGGAAUAUCGGUAGACAGCUCUCACGUUAGACUUGUCGACGAGGUUACAGACGGUGGAAACGAGAACUCACACAACUUCCACAACCAGCAGUUUUCCCGCAUGAGGUCCGCUUCCCAUCAAUCACACUUACCACAACAUGUAGAACUACCCAGUUCGCAAUUUGAAACUCCACAUCAACCGCAAUCUCAACAAUUACAGUCAGCCAUCUAUUCAUAUAACUUCAAUGAUUCCACAUCAUCAUACUCAAAUGCACAACAAGAUCAGCGACAGUUGCAGCAACACUCACAGCCGCAACAAAUUCCGCGAGCACUCCCUGCAUUCUCACCAACGCUAGGGCUAUCACCAUCCGCAUUCCUCUCUGAAAUCCUACCUCCUGUGACAGCUCCCACACCUACUUCAAAUUUCCACUAUGCAUCGUUCCCCUUCGAUGCUUCUCAUGCAACUCCAGUCAGAACCCCAUACCCAGCUGGCUACACCGCACAAACCCCAAGCGGUCACUCGCAAGCAAGUGAUUCCCACGCCACUAUGAGCGAGAGUGGUCCGCCUUCCGAAAAGGAUCCUUUCCUUAGUCUAUUGGAGCAGUUGGCGGAGAAUGAACAUUUGGAGGAUGACGGACCAAGUGAACUUGAUUUCUUGUUGGCUUCUGGUAUUCAUGCUCCCAAUUCCAUUGAGAAUAUCAGCACGGAAGCAGGGAGUGAUGCGAUGAUUGCUACUGGUGGAGAGGUAUCAAAACACUGCUCUGUCCGCAAUACUCUCGAGAUAUCGUGUCCGCUCGAAGACUAUUACCAAUCGGAGCCCAGUCAGGGUGACGAUAAUUCAUAUCGAAAUCAUUUUAUGUUCGCAAACUACUUCCGACAAACGACCAAGUCGUUGCGUCCAUCCACACUUCGAUUUAUUUCGUCAACCUCCUCCAUGUCAUCGUCAUCGUCAGCGUCCGCUCCAAACAUGACCCCAACAAUCGCUUCCACCGAACCUCCAAAUCCCGAGAACACCAAUAACAGCGAAAAGAAAUCCCCUCUACUCGCGUUACCAUCUACAUACGAUUCUGCAGAUAAAAAAUUAGAUGUUAGUGGACAAGGCUCGACUGUAUCGCUAGACCAUCUUGGUCCCAUCGUCGUAAAUCAAGAUGGUACCAUGAGUCGGAUAUCGAACUGGGAGAAAAUGACCGACAUUGAAAAGCAGAAUACGAUGAGGAUUAUAGGGAAGAGGAAUAAGCAGCGGAUGGAUGCGCUCAAAGCUGCUGGUGUGGGUGUAGAGGGUGGAGAUUCGUGA